CAUACACACAACUCGAAAAACACGAACUAUAUAAAGAGCCAUUAAAAAGCCGGUAAACAGUAGUCGGUGAAGUAGUCUAAACCGUAACACACGAUCCAAAACAUCAGCACAAAUCAAAACAAAAAUAUGGCAAAAUUGUGGAUUUUAACUGUCUUGGCUGUAGUGGCCUGCGCUCAGAUUGCCAGCGCCCGUGAUUUAGCCGAAGCUUUAAAUGUCAACAUACGCGAACAGUUGCGCUUAUAUGCUAAAUUCCAAAAGGAAGCCGAUAGUGCCAAAUACGCCGAUGAACUUAAAAAAUUGGUUACAUUGACUGAAGAAGCUUUGAAAAUUGAAUCAGCCGAUGAAAAGAACAAAGCCAUCACCUCUGCUCCCAGUCACUUCUCAGCCGAAUUCAACACCUGGAUCAGUGCUAAACUCGAAGAGGCUCAAGUUAAUGAUGAUAUUCAUGAUGCUAUUGAAUUCUACAACUCUCUCUUGUCUACCCAUCCCGAACAUGAUGCUGAAAUCAAGAAGACCCUCAGCACUUUAGAAAAUUUGUUGAAAGAAUCUAACUUGAAACAAAAAGAAGAGAAAUUCUUGGCUUUGGAAAACGAUUUCUCUCCUGAAUUCCAAAAGUUCCUCAAGGAAAACGCUUUGCCCACCGUCAACCAUCAAUUGCAAAAGACUGCUGAAUUCUUCGAAAACAUGUUGCACGACAAAGAUCUUAAGUUUGCCAAGGAAAUCGAAGCUUUGAAAGUAAAGACUGAAGCUGCUUUGGACAGCAGCGUCUCUAUCGAUGAUAAGAACAAGGUAUUGCAAGAAGUUACCUAUUCCUCUAACGAAGAAUUGAAUGAAUUUUUGCAAAAGAAAAAUAUUGAAUAUUCAUAAGUAUUUUGAUUAGAUGCAAAAGCAAGAGAAAGCGAAUUAUUAAUUUAUUUGUAUUACUAUGUGAGAGAUUAAUUUAAAUAAAAAAACAAGAAAUUUUAAAAAAAAAUAUAUAA